AUGGACAUUUCUACCACAACAGCUACUAAUUUUUCUACUACUACUGUGGCUACUACUACACUUUCUCCUCCUACAACUACACUUUCUACUACUACUACUAGUACUACUACUACUACGAUUACGAGUUUUCUACUGAUCAUUUUGCGCAAUUAUUUCUCUUCUUUCAUUGGCUCUAUUCUCCCUUUUGUUACAUCCUUUCUGUUUUCCCUUUUGCUCAAUCGUUUCUCUCCUUCCUUUUACUCAAUCCUUCUUUUUGCUCAGUCCUUUAUUUCCUUCCUUUUGCUCAAUCCUCUCUCGUUCCUUUUGUUUAAUCUAUUGUUUUGCUCAAUCUUUUCUUUCGCUCAAUCCUUCCUUUGCUCAAUCCUUCCUUUUGCUCAAUCCUUUCUCUCCUUCUUUUGUUCAAUCUGUUCUUUUGCGCAAUCAUUCCUUGUGCUCAGUCCUUCUUUUUACUCAAUCCUUUAUGUCCUUCCUUUUGCUCAAUUCUUCCUUUUGCUCAAUCUUUUCUCUUCUUCGAUUUGCUCAAUACUCCCUCUUGCUCAAUCUUUUCUUUGCUCAAUCCUUUAUGUCCUUCCUUUUGCUCAAUUCUUCCUUUGGAGAAAUCCUUUCUCUACUUCGUUUUGUUCAAUCUAUCCUUUUCCUCAAUUCUUCCUUUUGUUCUAUCCUUUCUGUGCUCAGUCCUUCCUUUCGCCCAGCCCCUUCUUUUGCUCAAUCCUUUCUUUUGCUCAAUCUUUCCUCUCCUUCCUUUUGUUCAAUCUAUUCGUUUGCGCAAUCCUUGCUUUUGCUAAAUACUUCCUUUUGCUCAAUCCUUUAUGUCCUUCCUUUUUCACAAUCCUUCCUUUUGUUCAAUUCUUUCUCUCCUUCAUUUUGUUCAAUAUAUUCUUUUACUCAAACCUUUCUUUUGCUGAAUCCUUUCUUUUUCUCAAUUCUUUCUUUGCUGAAUCGUUUAUGUCCUUCAUUUUGCUCAAUCAUCAUCUCCUUGGAGAAAUUUACUGUAAAAUAAUCUAUCUAUCUAUCUAUCUAUCUAUCUAUCUAUCUAUCUAUCUAUCUAUCUAUCUAUCUCUUUUACUGCAAAGCCCAAAUUUUCACGAACACCUCUGUCGCUCACCUUCGACAAUUACCGCUGCUCUCACUGCCAUAAUAACCACGGUAAUGACAAAAACACCCCGUUAUUUCCAACCCCUACGAUUCACAUUAUUUAUCUAUCUAUCUAUCUAUCACAGUUUGUUUCUAUCUAUCUAUCUAUCUAUCUAUCUAUCUAUCUAUCUAUCUAUCUAUCACAGUUUGUUUCUAUCUAUCUAUCUAUCUAUCUAUCUAUCUAUCUAUCUAUCUAUCUACCUAUCUAUCUAUCCCAGUGUGUUUCUUUUUCUAUCUAUCUAUCUAUCUAUCUAUCUAUCUAUCUAUCUAUCUAUCUAUCUAUCUAUCCCAGUUUGUUUCUAUCUAUCUAUCUAUCUAUCUAUCUAUCUACCUCUUUUAGUAUGUUCAUACAUAUCUAUCGAUAUCAAAUUCAUUAUAUCUCACCCAAAUUUUCACGAACACCUCUGUCACUCACCUUCGACAAUCACCGCUGCUCUCACUGCCACAAUAUCCACGGCAAUGACAAAAACACCCCGUUAUUCCCCACCCAUUACGAUUCACAUUACCACCCACUUUCUGGGCCUCCUGUUCCUUUCCUCUCGGUCCUUGCUUGGGUCUCGCAAACCUUUCCAUACCUCACAAGCAUCUUCGGCAACACUUAUCCGCCGUCUCCUCUGUCGGCAUCAUCGCAUCUGUUGUUUUUCUUUUUGUCAUUUCAUUAUCAUUUUUGUCUUUUAUUUUCUUAUUUUUCUUCUUUUUUAUGUUUCAUUCAUUUUCUUUUCUUCUUCUUCAUCUUUUAUUCUUCUUGAGCGUUUUGAUAUUUUUAUUCUCUUUCUCGUUUUAUUUACUUCACGCCUACUAUGUUUUUUUUUUAUCUUUUUUCAACACAUUUAA